CAGCAUGUGCACGCGCUGAUUUGGAAGUCAUGAGCGUAAAAAUCCACAGAGGCUCCUUCUAACCGAAGCGGACACGUCUGCUUGGCGGUAACGCUGAUGUUAAACAGGGUCUAAUAAUGUUUUAGUCGAUAUCACCAACUUUCGACAACGUCGUGACUUUGGUUUUACUCGAACAAGGAGAAGCAGAAGAGAGAGAGGAAAAAAGAAAGCCGUGUCCUCUAAUGGGCUCGCGGCUCCUGACCAUAAUGAACCGGACAGGUGUGCUUGCAGGUUAAUUAAUUGCUACCUUUUGUUUUGAAGUAGCAGAAGGCGACGCAAUGGAGAAGAAAGAGUUUGUGGUGUCUGAAAGAGGCGAGAGCCAGUCGUCGUCGGGCUCCCAAACCUUGUCUGAGGGGGAAGAAAUGACGGCUGCUCUGGACAUUAAAGUUUAUGGUGAUGGCGAAGACAGGCUCAGCUUGCACUUUGAAAAUGUGAACGAGGUGGAGGACGGCAGAAAUGUGGAAUCUGACAAGGAGACCCCAGGAGAUGGGGAAGAAGACGAAGAGGAAGGAGAGGAAGACGAAAAGUUUGAUAACAUCCUCUACCCACCCUACACAUACCUCAGGAAGUCCAGUAACCCAGAGCUGACACAUGGGUUAAGUCCUGCACUCAAAUUUAAACGACAUCUCAGUGAGGAUGGAAGAAACAUUAGAAGGAGGAGCCUUGGAGGUGGACUCACAGGCAAAUAUCUUCUGCUACCCACUAACCUUCAGCAGACAGCUGGCCAGGCAUCAUCUGAGACGUCUAACCUGGUUCGAAUGCGUUCCCUGCACCUUGGAAAGUCAGACCCCUCCCUCACCUCCAGCCUGAUGACACUGGUAGCUACUCUGAUGCCGUAUUGUGAUCUUAUUAUCUCAGGACCAAGAUGCAAUCAAAGGAAGAGGGUAAUCUAAUGCUGUUAACCUAUGAGUCAUUUCUGUGUGUGC